AAGGCUUUUACACUGGCGAUUUCUACUUCUCUGCUUCUCACGAAAUGCGAAACUUCGCAUGGUUUCCCCAGGAAUUGACGUCCUGGGGGCCUUGCUCUUCGCUCCCUUCCCUCUUUCGGGUCGGGGAGACUCCGUCUCUCGAAGGCUUUGAACUGGCUCUUCGACCAGUUCUGCUGCGAUUUGCUCGUUGAUGAACAGUUUGUUCAGUUGCCUUGCUGUGGAAGUUCUUGUCUUCGGGGUCGAUGAGUGUUAUGGGUCCGAAAUAGGUGGGGUCUCUCCCUCCUAUUCUAUCGUUUCGGGUCGUGCGAAUGGUGUCGUGCGGGUCUUCGACAAAUUCUGUCAUCGACCGGGCAAUCACAGAUGUAUCCAGGUUUCCCGCAGUUAUAGCAUCGCGGUAUUCCUUUCCUGGGAUUCAGCCCAAUUUUGCAUAGUUAUAGCCAGUGUAUAAGGGUGGAAACAAAUAAGGAAACACUGCUGUGGAAUAAGGACAAAAU